UGUUGGUCCACUGGUAACACAGGGCUGCCACACCACGCUCAGAUCCUACUCACUCACUCACUCGUACUGGCUCUGCAUAGCAGCAACCGGCAAGUGGUGACUGGGAUUUACUCGCCGGUUGGGGACAGUGUCUCUGUUCUAUGAUAUAUCAUCUCGAUAUGACAAGACCGACAGCAAAUAUAACUACUAUUGCGAUACGGGAUUUAUUACCGUGAUUGGAUAUAUACGAUAAUUUUAUGUUUGUCAAAACAGUGUCUGAUGGAUUGUAUUAUUAAUCUUUUGGAAGUAUUGUAUUCAAUGGAUUUUUUUUUCUUUAUAUAAUGAUUGAGAAGUAAAAAGACGGCCAUUGGCGCCAAUUUUGUACAUUAGUGAUUAAUUUUGUGAUAUGUAUAAUAAACGUUUUGAACAGGUGAAAUAUGUUACGUGAAGUACAUGUGGAUUUAUAUUGACACGCGACAGCAGCCCUGGGUAGUCCGAUGAUCCAGAAUACGUUUGAUAGUGUCUACAUACUUCUCUGUGUUGACCAAGUUUAUAAUUUUCAAUCAAUGCAAACAAACGUGUUGGGUUAAAAUACACCUAUUGUGUAAAACUACUUAACUGACAAAUACAUUAUAAAAAUACAUUAAGUGUUUUUGACAACUUAAAUCUACAUUAUAAAACUAAACUAUUUAUAGUGGAACCUAAAAUCUACUCAUCGAAAGUUUAAACAACAAAAACAACGAUGAAAGAAGUCGCCUUCUCGUCGUUCGUUCUGUCGUAGUUGCUACCCUGACACGAUGUCCGGGCUAACCUCGGGUGCAGUCGAGGAGUGGAUGGAUUCCCAUAAGGAAUCCAUGCAAGAAAUAUUUUUAAAGAAAGCGGACACAGUUCUUAUCAACAAGUGGCUUUUAGUACACGGAUACAGUGCUGUAUGUGAUGGGGUAACGCAUUCUACCAAACGGGGGUCACUGACGGGGGGCAACAGUAACCCCUCCUCACCACGUGAUCUCAGGUGUGGAGAUGGCUUCUUUGAAAAUGCACAUCAAAGAUCAAAUUCGAAAAAGUAUCUCCGCCAGGACUUCGCCAAAUCAAAAAAGAAGAACAUAUUUCGAACGUACGAACCGACUUCUUCUCCUGAACUUACGACAGAGGGUCGGCGCAGUAGUCUAAAAGAUAUGCGGAUGUUCCGAUCCUUGCCGCAGAAUUCUGUGAACAUCCUUAGUCUGUUAAUUCAGUCAAAGGUCCGACUUCCACGCUACCCAAGUAAGGAUAUCGAUAUGAAAAGGGAUCUGCGACAAAUCAACGAACGUGAUUUCUUCUUGGAAAUCGUGAAGGAUAUUUCUAACGACCUUGACCUUCGGAGUCUUACGAAUAAGAUUAAAUCCAACAUAAGCGUGCUAGUGGAUGGAGAUGCUGGGUCUGUAUUUGUGUUGGAGGGCAAGGGUUCUAAUCGGCCCGUUCUUGUGUCCAAACUGUUUGAUAUUCAUUCCGGUACGUCCAUCUUUCCAUCUACUUCCGGUCAGAGUAGCAUCAAGGUCGCGUGGGGAAAAGGGAUAAUAGGUCACGUGGCUGCACAGGGAGAUACCGUGAAUAUUUUGGAUGCUAGUAUGGAUCCCAGGUACAAUGACGAGGUGGACCGAAUCACAGGCUACGUCACAGAGUCAAUUAUCUGCAUGCCUAUUCGGAACUCGGACAACGAAAUUGUGGGCGUGGCCCAGGUUGUCAACAAGACGGGUUCAUGUGAAGGUUUCAGCGAGGACGAUGAAAAGAUGCUGACCACGUACCUCACGUUCUGUGGGAUUGCAAUCCACAACGCUCAGAUAUUCGAGGCCUACAGCAAGGAAUAUGAGAGGAAUAAGGCUCUUCUAGAGGUCAUCCAUGACUUGUUCGAGGAGCAGACGUCAGUUGAAAACGUCAUCCACAAGAUCAUGCAGAGGGCACAGUCUCUACUGAAGUGUGAGCGAUGCUCCGUCCUCCUAAGGGAUGGCACGUCAGAGACUAACUUCAACCAAGUAUUUGAUCUCGGUUAUCCGGUGAAAAAUGGCAAGUCUUCCAAUUAUAAGAAUGUUUUCUCAACCUGUGAUCCCAAAACGCAUCCCGCCAACAGGCCACGUAAUGUGCCCUCCAUUAUUUGUACAAGUCCUGAAAACUCUUCAGACAUGAAAUUUGGAAACAAGAUCGCCGAACACGUGCUCAUUACAGGAGAGACAAUAAAUAUUUCAGACGCUGAGCAUGAUGGUCGCUUCGAGCAUGAGGUUGACAAAUGCGGAAACAUUUCUAUGCGGUCGAUAUUGUGUAAGCCAAUCAGAAACAGGGACUCACAAACAAUUGGAGUCGCUCAGGUGAUGAACAAAUCCGACGGACUCGCUUUUGAUGAACAUGACGAUCAACUGUUUGAAGCUUUCACGAUAUUCUGUGGUUUGGGAAUUAACAACUGUGUUCUAUACGAGGAGACGGCCAUCUUGUUAUCGAAACAAGCUGUAACGUUAGAGACUCUGUCCUACCAUGCCGGUGUAUCAGCGACGGAUGUUGUGCGGCUCAAGGGCCAGAAAGUACCAGAGGCGCCGGUGUGGAACCUAGACAACCACAGAUUUAAUGAUUUCUCACUCACGAAAGACGAGAUGCUUGUAGCAGCCAUUAGAAUGUUCGAAGAUUUAGGAUUUAUAAGAAAGUUCAAAAUUGAUAUCGAGGUGUUGUGUCGAUGGCUCCUGACUGUGCGGAAGAACUAUCGUAAUGUCUCGUAUCACAACUGGCGACAUGCGUUCAACGUGUGUCAGACCAUGUUUGCGUCCCUUAAGAGGAGUGGAGUAAAGCGCCAUCUGGAGGACAGGGAGACGUUAGCUUUGGUAGUGGGAUGUCUCUGUCAUGAUCUGGACCACAGAGGAACUAACAACGCCUUCCAACAAAAAUCGGGAUCCGCCCUUGCUCACUUGUAUGGUACAAGUGGUACCAUGGAACAUCAUCAUUUCAACCACGCCGUUACUAUCCUCAACAGCGAGGGUAAUAACAUAUUCGCUAACUUUACGUCCGAAGAGUACAGUGGGACUAUAAACUUGUUGAAGGAGUCCAUACUGGCCACAGACCUCUCCCUCCACAUACAAUUACGAAACAAAUUCUUCGCCAUGGUCGAUUCCGGACAAAAUACCUGGGAUGACCGGGAAUCCAAGGAAACUCUCCGAAGUAUACUGAUGACGUCAUGUGAUAUAGCUUCUAUUACGAAACCCUGGCAAAUACAGCGAAAGGCUGCCGACCUGGUGAUGGCGGAGUUCUUCGACCAAGGUGACAAAGAGAAACACCAGUUAAACAUACAACCCCAGGCCUGUAUGGACCGAGAACGUCAGGACGAGUUACCCAAGCUCCAGAUGGGCUGGAUUGAUGGCAUAUGUCUUCCCUUGUAUACUGCAUUAUCGAAAAUGGAUGCAUAUUUCGAACCAUUGAAAGACGGUGUUUUAGCUAACAGGGGCUACUGGGAAAAGAUGGAUGCCGACAAGCUUGCCAAAGACAUUGUGCGAGAAACAGGAGUUUAAAAUAAAUGUGUGGCAGGAAAUAGACAGAUGAUUUAAUCAGAAAUACAUGUAUUGGCGAUUAUUUUAUUGACGAGCAACUCUGGAUAAUGUAUCAGAAAAUAAUGUCGUAAAUGUGCAUGAUAAGUCGACCCUCGCAAAAGAAAGACGCAAUCUGGCAAAUACCUUAAGUACAUGACUGCUCUUGUGUCUUCCAUUGUAUAUCGAGGACCGAUAGAAAUGUAUACAGAUAAAUUAAGUAGUAUCAUUAAAAUAACAUAAUAAUCACCAUAAAUAUUGUCUUUGAUAUCAUAAUGCUAUAAUAUUUGGCUACUAUCUUCCCAUUUCCAUUAACAUCAUAUUGUUUUCUUCUAAUGUAAUCAGUUAAAGUCAAUAAUGCGAUUUUUUUUUGAUUUUUUUUUGAAUAAUUAAACGCAAAUGAAAUCAUGAUAAAUACCAGACAUCGUCUGAACAAGACGGAAGCUUAACCAUUGACACUGACAACCACUCAAUUGGGUACAUUUUGUCCCUAGAACCAUGUGACUGCUUUUUUUCUUUCUGUUGAAUUUUGUCACAUGUUUUUAUCACACAUUCAAUAAUUUUCAUUGUGAAUAAGCCUGAAUGAGAGGUUCAAAUAAUGAUGAUAUUGUAAAUGUGCUUCUAAAGACGAAUUGAUGAAGAACCUUAAAAGAAGGUACCGUCAUCGUAAAUUUCAACCCAAAGAUAAAAGUGAUAUCGAAGGCCGUGUGACUUAGAUUAAUAAGUAGAAAUUAUAAAAUGAGUCAUUUCGUAACAUCUAGUUGUGUCAUUUAUGAGUUUCCUACACAAUAACCAUUACAGCACUUUCUAUUUUCAUCGUUCAUAAUAUGUCAAACGUAUUUAAGACAACAUUGAAUGCUGUAAAUUGACGUAGUGUCUAACGUUUAUCUAUUAAACUUGGUCAAACGAGUUUUGGAUUUGCAUUUAUAUACUAUUUAGAUAUAUCAAACAUAUUUGUCAAUGACUUGUGUGUUUUCGAUCGGCCAAAACAAUCUUGUUUUGUGGUGUGUAUGCCUCGUGAGGAAUAAUUAAUCUCCAACACACGUCCUAGGUGCUGCAGAUCAAGAUAAGAUGGCAAUUCGUAGCAUUCAUUUUGAUUACAAAUUAAAAAUAUUGCCAUUUCAAAUUGUCGAUGUAGACAUCAGCCUUAAUGCCCUGUUUUGAAUUAAAGAAAAAAUAGUUUUUAUUAUUUUAAUACAUAAAGAUCAAUUGAAAAUAUGUAAAUUACUCAAUACCUUUGUUCAAUGGGCAUCUUUUGAUAUGACUGUCCGUAUAAUGGGAGAUUUUUGCCGCAAUUUAACUUUAGCCUUUUUCGCCCUCAGUAACGAGGGCGAAUUUAUCAUGAAAGCAAGUAUUGAAACACAUCAUACAUUGAAAUUAACAGUGAUAUUUACCUUCUAUUAGGGGUCUUGUUAAAACUUCAGAAAGAUGGGAUGAUAGGCAAGGUUUAAAGAAUGUUUUGUUUCCGGUCUAAGUACGAACAACUUAUUUACAGAUGCCGUCACGUGCAAUUAAUCUUUUGUUCUUGUUAGGCAGUAGUGUGCGACGGUAACGAAAGUGUAUGACACGCAUACAGUACAUCAUAAGCUACCAUUGCUGACGUCACAUCGCUGCUAUUUAUUUCCUUUCGUUUAUAACAACCAGCUUGUUCCCUAAUUAUAUUUUUUAUAUUUUAUAACAUAGCAUGAUUUGAUUUAAUUUAAGUUUUAGACUGAAUUAUUAACUAUUUGAAUGAAGAUCAUCAUUUUACCUAUUUAAGUCGUGAUCUUUUUUUAUAGCGUCAUAUAUAUAGUUGUCUCUACUGGGUUAUUUUCAGGGUCAUAAUCAAUCUAUCAGAUUUUGUUGAAAAGAACAGUUUUAUUCUGUUAAGAUAUUUCUAUAGCUGAUGAAUAAUAUCACACAUAGUUAUGUUCUUCUUUGUUAAUAAUCUACAUGGAGGAAGCAAAACAUGUAUGGUUUCUGGAAAAUGAUAAAGGAUUCAGUUUGCCUAUCUGAAAAAAUGUUGUAAGGGUUUUCUGUGAGAAUCGCCUGUUUUUGUAAGAUGAAGAUUCACGAAUUCCCAUGUAUAUAUUCUACAACAAGAAACAUUAAGGGUAAUUUGUUUUACUUUCCCAAUAUAUGCUUAUUUUUAGGUGACUUCUUUGAAGAUUUCUCUAGCUAUAAAUGAAUUUUGUUGCAUGAUCUCUAUCGCAAAACAACUUAACCUUCUAUACCAAAAUUUAGUGAUUCAGUUACAAUAGAAAACAAGUCAUAAACUUAUUGAAAUAUUCCUAUUGGCUUAAGAGAUACUUUUAUCGAACAAUAUACAUAUUGUAUAAAAUUCCGAAGAAAAAAGAAAUGUCUACAUUUCAUUUAAAGAUAUCUUUUUCAAUUAAAGAAAAAUCUGUUUCAUUUUCAGUUACAGAAAUAACUUUUGCUGUUUUACAAGACAUCUCUAAUAUAUUUGCAAUUUCUUUUUAGGCAAUUAAUGAGUCGUUUUGUCAUACAAUAUCUCGUAACAAACAGGUUUGUGUUUUAUACAUUACUUUUUUACUGUAUAUAUAAAAAGGAAUUGUCAACAUACUGAAGAACAGGUUAUAUUGAUAUGAUACUUACGUUUGGUUUAUGAAGGGAUAGUUCUCUUCAAGUUUAUCCAUGUUGAUUAUGAAGACAAUUUAUGCGUAGGAAUGUGUCUAUGGACGUUCAACAUAGAACGAACUAUCAGGUUUCUGAUAAAUCCAUAAUCAUUAUGAUUUCUGUUAAACAUAACAAUAAUGAAUGUGGUCGAGUAUAAGAGAGAGCGUCGACAAGUAAAUGUUUGUUCAUAAUGCAUAGAGGGUGUGUAAGCUGUGAUAUAAGUAUACUAUAAUGUUAUAGAGGAGGAGGAGGAAGGAUAUUUAUAAAUAAAGUCAAAU